GACUUUGGAGUCGCUUUAGAGGAAGAAAAGAAGGGCUGGUCACUGCACAAAUGGCAUAAAAAUGUCCAACUCGGAUUACCUUCCCGACUACCCACUCAACUCAGAUUUAGUGAAGAGAUUAAAGUCUGCCCUGGAUGCCAAAGAUGAGGAGAGAGUGAGGGAUUUAAUCUGCACUGAAGUCACGCCUGUGGACGCUGUGAUAGAAUUGGCCAAUGACGACUGGAUGAAAGACCCCUCGGCUCAGCUGCCUACCGGCAUGCUGCUAGGGGACCUGGACCAUCUGAAGCCCCUCAUGGACCAGUUCUUCCAGGAUGCCAACGUGGUGUUUGAGAUCAAUAAGGAUGAGAUGGAAUGGCAGGUGAAAUCUCCAGCCACGUUUGGACUAUCAGGCCUCUGGACCCUGGAGUACAAGCGCGAGCUCACCACGCCCCUGUGCAUCGCCGCGGCCCACGGCCACACCGCCUGCGUGCGACACCUGCUCGGCCGCGGCGCAGACCCAGACGCCAGCCCCGGGGGCCGCGGCGCCCUGCACGAGGCCUGCCUCGGGGGCCACACGGCCUGCGUCCGCCUGCUGCUGCAGCACCGCGCCGACCCCGACCUGCUCAGCGCCGAGGGCCUGGCGCCUCUGCACCUCUGCCGCACGGCCGCCUCGCUCGGGUGCGCGCAGGCGCUGCUGGAGCACGGGGCCUCGGUGCAGCGCGUGGGCGGCACGGGCCGGGACACGCCGCUGCACGUGGCGGCGCAGCGCGGCCUGGACGAGCACGCGCGCCUCUACCUGGGCCGCGGGGCGCACGUGGACGCGAGGAACGGCCGCGGGGAGACGGCUCUGAGCGCGGCCUGCGGGGCGGCGCGGAGGCCCGACGAGCACGGGCGCUGCCUGCGCCUGUGCGCGCUGCUGCUGCGGCGCGGGGCGGAGGCGGACGCGCGCGACGAGGACGAGCGCAGCCCGCUGCACAAGGCCUGCGGCCACGCGAGCCACAGCCUGGCGCGCCUCCUACUGCGGCACGGCGCCGACGCGGGCGCGCUGGACUAUGGCGGGGCUUCGCCGCUGGGCCGCGUGCUGCAGACCGCAUCCUGCGCUCUCCAGGCCUCACCGCAGCUCACGGUGCAGGCGCUGCUCAACCACGGCUCGCCCACCGUGUGGCCCGACGCCUUCCCCAAGGUGCUGAAGACGUGUGCAUCGGUCCCCGCAGUCAUCGAGGUGCUUUUCAACUCCUACCCUCAGCUCUGCGUGUCAGAGUCCUGGAAGGAAAUGAUUCCUGAGGAAGUAUUCCAGAUGCACAAGCCGUUCUACCAGUCCCUCUUUGCCUUGGCCCAUACCCCACGCUGCCUGCAGCAUCUUUGCCGCUGUGCCCUUCGCAGACUGUUUGGCAAAAGGUGCUUUGACCUCAUCCCCUUGUUACCCUUGCCAAAGCCCCUGCAGAAUUAUCUACUUUUGGAGCCACAGGGUGUUUUGCACUGAAACGCAGAACGCUGCAACCAAUACUGUUGUUCUCCUCACUGCCCUUCCGUGGGCUGUGUGUUGAGGAGAGUGCCCUGAUGCAGAUGGAGGUGAUGGGAGUUCCCUUCCCACUUGCUCUCAGUGGGACUGGGUGAAGCACAGACCUUGCCAAGCUUCAGGUUCACCUCGAAAUGGAAUUGGCAACAAAAGCCCUUUCUGCCUCUCAGGGUCACUUGUGAAAAUCCAGUGAAAUCGUGACUAUCACAGCACUUGGUCUGGGAAAGUACCUUUCAACAACAGUUAAGCCAAAAGGUACAGUGAGUCCUCAGUUAAGAUCUUCGAUAGGUUCUAGGGAACCAGCUUUAAGCGAAAUGAGGUAUAACAAUGCCAGUUUUCCCAAGGUUGAUUGAUAUAAACAAGAGUGAUGUUCCUACAGCAUAUUUCUGGUCACAAAAAGAUCACCACACUUCUUAAUAAAGACCAAUACAAUUCUAAUAGUAAACAUUGAAAUAAAGGCAAGCUACACAUGCCUUUAAAAGAGAUUAAUAACAAGUAAGAUAAAUAUUUACCCAAUUUUUGGUGAAUCAGUAUGUGAUGGUGGUUGUCCUGCUGGUGGAUUAGAUCAAGGAAUAAAUGUUUGCAAAACGAACCUUGUCAGGAGCACCUCCUACCACCAUGAAGUUCAGAACAGUCACCAAUGUGGCAGGCUUGCUAGGCCCUCUCAUACCGCAUCAUUUAUUGUCAUGCAUUUGGAUGAUUAUUAUAUGCCUUAUGAAUUUUUACUUUACAAUAAUUUGUAUUCAUUCAUUCAUUCAUUCAUUCAUAUUCUAAUGUGCUUAUUCUAGUUCAGGGUCGUGGGUGGCCAGAGUCCACCCCAGCAACUCAGUGUGCAGGGCAGGAACCAGGCCUGGACGGGGUGCUGUUCCAUCGCAGGGUGCUCACACACCCCCACACCCACCCACCCACACACAACACUGGGACAAUUCAGACACGACAGCUCACCUCACCUGCUCAGCUUUGGGAUGUGGGUGGGAACUGGAGCACCCAGAGAAAACCCACACAGACAAUAGCCUUGGCCAGGAAUCAGUCUUGUUUCUUUUUUGUUUGGUUUUUUUUUUUUUUUUUGAGACUGGCGCAAUCUUGGCUCACCGCAACCUCUGCCUCCCAGGUUCAAGCGAUUCUCCUGCUUCAGCCUUCCUAGUAGCUGGAAUAACAGGCAUGUGCCAGCACGCCCGGCUAAUUUUUUAUUUUUAGUAGAGACGGGGUUUCUCCAUGUUCGUCAGGCUGGUCUCAAACUCCCGAUCUCAGGUGAUCUGCCCGCCUCGGCCUCCAAAGUCCUGGGAUUACAGGCAUGAGUCAUCACGCCCGGCCGAAUCAGUUUGGUUUCUUAUCGGUGUUAUAAUAAAAUGACAUUAAACAAAACAUUAUUUAAGGACC